AUGGCGCCUCCCGUUUUGCCGCUGGUUUUGUGGACAUCCAUAAUUUUGGCAGCUUCGAGUUUGCUUGCAGUCAAUUCAAACAAUACAGACCCGGGUACAAGCGCAAAGCACAGAGUAUAUAAUGCAUGUACCAUCAUCCCGAAUGAAACUUACUAUGCAAGCAUUCAUGCCGUCAACACUUCCGCUGAGUGGCAUUUGUACGAUUACUGUUACUUUUAUCAUAUCAACCUUCAAACCCGUGUGACCGGAACGGCUCUGAAGGAAAACAGGUGCUGCAGGGUGUGUUGCCGGGUAACCUUGACUUUAGGAAGAUACGCGAGACAUCUCCUCUCAGACCAGCAUGCCCCGUAUGGAUUUCCAUGUGGCCCGAACAAGAUCUGUGACAGAAAUCAAGCUUGCAUUGUAAAGCCCAACGCAAGCAUCGAAAUAGAACGGGAAACUGAAAGAAGAUAUCAGGUUUUUGUGAAUGAAACGUCCUGGUAUUCAGAGUAG